UCCACAUACGUAACGCGGGUGUUUUGCUCCGUUUCUUCGCAGCCGACGUGACUUCGCCUCCCGACGAUGAGCGCUAUCCUCCCGCGGAUAGAGCAGCUGUCCGCCCGGGUCGUCCGGGUUCUGGGCUGCAACCCGGGGCCGAUGACCCUGCAGGGGACCAACACGUACCUGGUCGGAACCGGGAAAAGGCGAGUGCUGAUCGACACUGGAGAACCCGCCGUGCCCGAGUACAUCAGCAGUCUGAAACUGGCCCUGAGUCAGUUCAAUGCCAGCAUCCAGGAGAUCAUCGUCACCCACUGGCACCACGACCACUCGGGCGGAGUGGAGGACGUCUGCAGGGACAUCACCGGUCCCGAGGUCCGAGUCAGCAAACUGCCUCGCUCCGGCGAGGUCGGAGAGGUCGGAGAGGAGGCCGGACACAAGAGCUUCACCUACCUGAAAGACGGAGACGUUAUCCAGACGGAGGGGGCCACGCUCAAGGUGCUGUUCACCCCGGGCCACACCGACGACCACAUGGCGCUGCUGCUGGAGGAGGAGCAGGUGCUCUUCUCCGGAGACUGCGUCCUGGGCGAGGGCACGGCGGUCUUCGAGGAUCUCCACGACUACAUGAGGUCUCUGAGAAUCCUGCUGGACUCUCGGGCCGACGUCAUCUACCCCGGUCACGGCCCCGUGGUGCAGGACGCCGCCUCUAAGAUCAGAUACUACAUCGACCACCGGGAACAACGGGAGCAGCAGAUCCUGGCCGCCAUCCAGGGGGGAGCCGGGCGGCCCUUCUCCUCCAUGGAGCUCGUCAAGGUCGUCUACAAGGACACACCUGAGCACCUGCACCGAGCAGCCAACGUGAACCUGGUCCACCACCUCAAGAAACUGGAGAAAGACGGCACCAUCAGCCUGGUGAACACAUCUUCAGCCAACACCAGAUGGAGGAGCAACCUGUGAAGAGCUGCUCUCCGAGUUAACCUUUUCACCUCGGAUGAUGGAAAACCCAUGUGGUCCACGGCCCAUGGGUUUCUUUUUCAGUCAAUUCUCACGUCUAACCGCAAUGUUAUUAUUGUUCCUUAUAUCUUCUGAUUGACGGGAGAUGAAUCGUGGAUGGCGGUGCCCACUUGUUGCCUUGGAAGUCUCCUUUUAGCCUCUCGGGCGUCACCUUUGCAGACUUGUAACGGACCUCGCUGCCUUCGCUUUGACUAGCAGCCGAUAACUCAAACUUAACCAUCGAGAACAAAACCCUAAAAAACGCUGUGCGAUGAGGGAAAAGGCCGUUUCAUAGACUGACAGUCCACAAACACACGAUCGUGAUGCUUUUUGCACGAUAAACUAAAUAUUUCUAUCAAAAACAUGUUUUUUUUUCAUCUGCUUUCACUUUAUUCAAUCUUGUAUUUUUUUUUCUCAGCCUUGAAUAUUAAGCACUUGUUGCUAGCAGCACAUGUUUUUAAGACAACCACUAGGGGGCAGCAUCUGCUAAUUAAUUGUAUUAAAGGGGAUUUUGAACAGUAAAUUAUGAAAAUGUACAAUUCAGCACAGAUGUUUCGCAUUUUUGAAAAUAAAAAAUGUAAUGAAGAAUAUUUGAUGAAUUCUUGUGUAUUUUUUGACAUAAGAUAAUCCUGAGCUCAUGGUAAAUGUUUCUAUCACAAUAGUCUCCACUUAGGAACUCAACUCAAUCGUCAUGAUGACGAUUGUGUGAGUAUUAAUGAGGUCGACUGUGGGAACGUUUGACCUGUGGUCGCCCCCUCCCCCCCCCCCCCCCCCUGACUGAUCUGACUGUUUGGGAAUUUUCUUUUUUAUCAAACAGAAGGAGCUUUUUAUGUAGUUUGUUCUACAUAAAGAACCUGAGGGGUGCCCGUUUAAAAUAUAUAGUAUGUAUAUUACUGUAUUUGUAUUGGAAGUAAAAAAAACUGUCAAACUAAAUUGAGUCUUUCAUGAAUGUAUCAGGGAUACAGUGAGAGCAUAUUUGCAUUAAUUAUACUGUUUCCUUCAGAAGAGAAGUAGCUAAAUAGAAUAUAACUGGGGCUCUAUCAAUCACUAAAAGGAUAUUUUACGUAAAGCUGUGAAAAACCUUCAAACUUUGAUAACAUUUCUGUUUUCAAAAUCACCUUCUGUUGUUUUUCUAAAUUAACACUAAUAAAAAGCAUUAUGUUGG